AGGGGCGGGGCCCGGGGGCGGGCGGCGCCGGGUUGGGCCGCGGCGGCGGGGCCGUCUCAGGCCGCCGUCCCGCCCCUCCCGUCCGGCCGCCGCCGCCGCCUGGGGCUUGGUUGAGGCGGACGGUGGGUCCGGGCCCAGUGAGCCGCCUCCGCCGCCGUCUCCGCCUCCGCCGCCGCCCCCGCCGCCGCCGCCGCCGCCGCGCGUACGGGCCCCGCGGUCAGAAAAUGGGUAAGAAGAGUCGAGUGAAAACACAGAAAUCUGGCACGGGCGCCACCGCGAGCGUGUCACCGAAGGAGACCUUGAACCUGACCAGCGAGCUGCUGCAGAAGUGCAGCAGCCCCGCGCCCGGCCCGGGCAAGGAAUGGGAGGAGUACGUGCAGAUCCGCGCUCUGGUUGAGAAGAUUCGGAAGAAGCAGAAAGGCCUGUCUGUCACUUUUGAUGGAAAGAGAGAAGACUACUUUCCUGACCUCAUGAAGUGGGCCUCUGAAAACGGAGCCUCUGUGGAUGGUUUUGAGAUGGUUAACUUCAAAGAGGAGGGCUUUGGUCUGAAAGCAACGAGAGAUAUCAAGGCAGAAGAACUGUUUCUGUGGGUCCCACGAAAAUUACUGAUGACUGUGGAAUCGGCUAAACACUCAGUACUGGGGCCUUUGUAUGCUCAAGACCGAAUUCUUCAGGCCAUGGGCAACAUCACCCUGGCCUUCCAUCUGCUGUGUGAACGAGCCAACCCCAACUCCUUCUGGCAGCCCUACAUCCAGACGCUCCCCAGCGAAUACGACACCCCUCUCUACUUUGAGGAGGAAGAGGUCCGUUACCUCCAGUCAACACAAGCCGUCCACGAUGUCUUCAGCCAGUUCAAGAACACCGCCCGGCAGUAUGCCUACUUCUAUAAGGUGAUCCAGACCCAUCCGCAUGCCAACAAGCUGCCCCUGAAGGAUUCCUUCACCUACGAAGAUUACAGGUGGGCAGUGUCCUCCGUGAUGACGCGGCAGAACCAGAUCCCCACAGAGGACGGCUCCCGCGUGACGCUGGCGCUGAUCCCCCUGUGGGACAUGUGCAACCACACCAACGGCCUGAUCACCACCGGCUACAACUUGGAGGCCGACCGCUGUGAGUGUGUGGCACUGCAGGACUUCCGGGCCGGGGAGCAGAUCUACAUCUUUUAUGGCACUCGGUCAAACGCAGAGUUUGUGAUCCACAGCGGUUUUUUCUUUGAUAACAACUCGCACGACAGAGUGAAAAUAAAGCUGGGAGUGAGCAAGAGCGACAGACUGUACGCCAUGAAGGCCGAGGUGCUGGCCCGCGCCGGCAUCCCCACCUCCAGCGUGUUCGCAUUGCACUUCACGGAGCCGCCCAUCUCGGCCCAACUCCUGGCGUUUCUCCGGGUGUUCUGCAUGACAGAAGAAGAACUUAAAGAACAUCUGCUGGGAGAGAAGGCGAUCGACAGAAUCUUCACCUUGGGUAACUCGGAGUAUCCUGUGAGCUGGGAUAACGAGGUCAAGCUGUGGACGUUUCUGGAGGAUCGAGCGUCACUUCUCUUAAAGACAUACAAGACGACCGUCGAGGAAGACAAGUCCUUCUUGAAAAAGCACGACCUGUCCGUCCGUGCGAGCAUGGCCGUCAAGCUGCGUCUGGGGGAGAAGGAGAUCCUGGAGAGAGCCGUCGGGAGCGCGGCCGCCAACCGCGAGCACUUCCGCAAGCAGAUGGCCGCCGGGGCCCCGCUGCCCAAGUACGAGGAGAGAGGCCUGGGGCUGCUGGAGGGCGAGGCGGACUCAAGGCUGCCCCUGGUCCUGAGGAACCUGGAGGAGGAGGCCGCCGUGCAGGAGGCCCUGGGCCUCACCGAGGCUGCGGGCAGGGCCAAGGCGGCGGCUGGCCAGCUGGUGAACGGCGAGGACUCUGUCCCCAACGGGCCCCGGGCGGCCCAGGACAGCGGGGGCCAGGCCGAGGGCAGCCCCUCGGCCGAGGACGCCAAAGAACCUUCCCCCGACAGCAGCCAAGCCCAGGGGUAGCUGUGCCCACCCGUCGUCUCCACCACCCUGUCCCUUGUUAAUGUGUUUCCGCAGAGAGGAAAAAGAUGUUUUUGCUGCUUUAUAUAUAAAAAAAAAAAAAAAAAAGAUUUUUUUUUUUUAAGUUAUUUAAAAGUCUAGCUUCCCUUUUCAUUUCAGAUUGCCAUCUUGCUUCCAGGCAAAACAGGCAGGUUAACAGAGGCUGCCGGCAGAGGCCCCAUGGUGGGCACGUGCUUCCCCCCGGGAAGAGCCCCCGCCCGUCAGCUGAGUCUUUGUCGGCCCGUCAUCCUGACAGCCAGAAUGAUCGUGGCUCUGCCUGCUGCCAACGGGGCAGCGGGCAGCGGGGGUGUCGGUGGCACGGCAGAAACUUCGGGGUUUGGGCAAGAACCCCCCUUCCCCCCCAAAAAAAAAAAGCAAACACCCCUGUACCAAAAGAUUAGGUAAGGUGGCAACCAUAUUUUUGAUAGUUUUAAACGACGAGAAACCUGGGGAUUUAAAGAUGCCCUCCCGCCUCCCUAGUGAUUUCUAAAGAUUUGUUUACGUCCCGUGUUUGGUUUUCCGUGUUAAGAGCACGUCCUCUCUCCUCUGAUCAGAGGGGGCACGCACCCCCUCCUCCCUGUGGUCAGGAAGCCCCUUUGGGCUGGCGGCACAGAGCCAUGGGGGCGGGGGCAGCUCUGGCUUGUCGACUGUUCACAGGCUAGAGAUUUUCAGAGCUACACUUUGGAGUAAAAAGCCUUAUUAAAAGCAAAACGUGGUCA